AUGGCCAAUGAACAAAUAUCGCUGCCAUACCUGGCAGGAAUCCUACUCCUGUCGGGGCUCAUAAUACGAUACCUGUUCUUUUCCGGGACGCAGACACCUCGGCCGACAAGGUCACCGGAGGACGUACGGAGAUCACGAGAAACGGCAGUAGAGCGGAUACAACAGAUGUUUCCCCAGGCGGAAAGACGGAGCAUCUUGUGGGAUUUACAGCGUAAUGGUGGCAGUAUUCAAAAUACCACGGAGCGAAUCUUGGCUGGGCGGCUUGAGACUCCUCCUGUUACGUUCCAACCACCCCCUCCGCCAGGGCAAGCUACGGCCGGAGCAAGCACUGUUUCUGCGACGAGACAAGCAGACAAGCCAUCACAACCAGACCUAAUAACGCGAUAUAACCUAAAGAGCAAGAUUACUGAAGCAGAAUUUGAGGAGGACGCCAAAUCGAAAGGCUGGAGUUCGAAUCGGGACGAACGCCAGGCGUCGUUGCAGAAACGACGAGAUGAGAUGAUCUUGGCAGCGCGGCGGAAGAUGGAAGCCAAAAUUGCGGCGGAGAAAAAAUAA